GCGAGACAGGCUGGCGCGCGCCAGGCUCCGCCCCCUACCAGGCCCCGCCCCCCGCGCGAACGGCCGAUCUCCUCCGGGCAGUUAUUGCCUAGGUCACGCGCCUGCCCGCCAGCCUCAGGAGUCCCGACUAUGGAGGAGCCUGGCAUGCCUCAUGAAUCAGCAGAGGAUUUGUUUCAUUUCAACGUUGGGGGCUGGCAUUUCUCAGUUCCCAGAAGUAAACUUGCUCAGUUCCCAGACUCCUUGCUGUGGAAAGAGGCUUCAGCCUUGACUUCUUUGGAAAGCCAGAGGCUAUUCAUCGACAGAGAUGGUUCCACAUUUAGGCACGUGCACUAUUACCUCUACACCUCCAAACUCUCCUUCUCCAGUUGUGCUGAACUGAACUUACUCUAUGAGCAAGCACUGGGUUUGCAGCUGAUGCCUUUGCUGCAGACUCUAGAUAAUCUGAAGGAAGGGAAACACCACCUACGUGUACGGCCUGCAGACAUACCUGUUGCUGAGAGAGCAUCUUUGAACUACUGGCGAACGUGGAAGUGUAUCAGCAAACCCUCAGAAUUUCCUAUAAAAAGCCCAGCCUUCACAGGCCUCCAUGAUAAGGCACCUUUGGGACUCAUGGACACACCAUUGUUAGACACAGAAGAGGAAGUGCACUACUGCUUUCUGCCCCUAGACCUAGUGGCCAAGUAUCCAAGCCUGGUGACUGAAGACAAUCUGCUGUGGCUGGCUGAAACUGUGGCCCUAAUCGAGUGCGAGUGCAGUGAAUUCCGCUUCAUUGUGAAUUUUCUACGCUCACAGAAGAUUUUACUACCAGAUAAUUUCUCCAACAUAGAUGUGUUAGAAGCAGAAGUAGAAAUUCUGGAAAUCCCUGAGCUCACUGAAGCUGUAAGGUUGUACCGGAUGAACAUGGGUGGCUGUUCCCGGACCUCCUGUUCUCCCCUGAGCCCUGGGAAAGGGGGCCGUGCAGCAGGCCUGGAGUCUAUGAAGCCGUUGUACACGAUGGCCCUGGGUCUGCUUGUCAAGUACCCAGACUCCGCACUGGGACAGCUCCGCAUCGAAAGCACGCUGGAUGGAAGUAGACUGUACAUCACAGGGAAUGGGGUUCUCUUUCAGCACGUCAAGAACUGGCUAGGGACUUGUCGACUGCCCCUGACUGAGACUAUUUCCGAGGUGUACGAGCUCUGUGCCUUCCUGGACAAAAGGGAUAUCACCUAUGAGCCAAUGAAAGUAGCCCUGAAGACUCAUCUGGAGCCGAAGAGUCUGGCACCCGUGGAUGUGCUCAAUGAGGAGUGGACAGCAGAAAUCACUGUAUAUUCCUCCCAACAGAUCGUCAAAGUUUAUGUUGGAAGCCACUGGUAUGCAACCACCCUGCAGACCUUGCUGAAGUAUCCAGAACUUCUGUCCAACCCUCAGAGAGUAUACUGGAUCACAUACGGACAGACCCUGCUGAUCCACGGGGAUGGCCAAAUGUUCCGACACAUUCUUAAUUUCCUGAGACUUGGAAAACUGUUUUUACCAUCUGAAUUUAAGGAAUGGCCCCUCUUCUGCCAGGAGGUUGAAGAAUACCACAUCCCAUCCCUUUCAGAAGCCCUUGCCCAAUGUGAGGCAUACAAGUCAUGGACCCAGGAGAAAGAAUCUGAAAAUGAAGAAGCUUUUCCCAUCAGGAGACUGCGCGUGGUAACAGAAGGGCCAGGGUCACUGGUGGAGUUCAGUAGAGAUGCCAAAGAAACCACAGCCUGCAUGCCCAUGGACUUCCAAGACUGCAAUGACAGGACUUCAUGGAAUAAGGCCAAGGGGAUCCUGACCAGAUCCAGCCAGAUGGAAGAACCUGAGCAGUACUCCCAAACCAUCCAGGUGUCCCUUUGCCGAGGUGCCAAGAGGGCGGGCAAUCCCAGCACAUACUCCCACUGUCCUGGUCUUUGUGCCAACCCCAAAUACUGGGGGGCCCACCCCGAAAGUCCUCCCAAGAAGAAAUGUAGUACAGUCAACCUCACACAGAAACCUGAAACCAAAGACCCUCCUGUCACUCCCAUGCAAAAACUCAUCUCCCUCGUUAGGGAAUGGGACAUGGUCAACUGCAAACAGUGGGAAUUCCAGCCAAUGCCAGUCCCCCGGAGCAGCUUCAUGGAGGAAGCCACUCUGCAGCUCCCUUCGGGAAGUGAGGCUGCUUCCCAGCCCAGCACCUCAGCUUCCUGGAAAAGCCAUUCCACAGGCUCAGAGAAGGACCCAGCUCUGCAGGCAGGGGCUGGAGCUGGAGCCAAAGACAAGGGGCCAGAGCCAACCUUUAAGCCAUAUUUCCCUGUGAAAAAAGCUGUCACCCUGAAGGAUUGGGGCAAGCAGAAGCCAAGGGAGAAAGAAAGCCCUGGCCCUGAGCAGCCUUUGCCUGAGGCCAAUGAGGUGGACAGGGCAGGGAUCAUCCUCAAAGUGACCCACCCCCCCGUGGUGGGCAGCGAUGGCUCCUGCAUGUUCUUUGAGGACAGCAUCAUCUACACUAUACAGAUGGACAACCUCAAGCAUACGCCGCCUACAGCCAGCCCCCAGCCCAGAGAGGUGACUUUCCUGAGUUUCUCUCUAUCCUGGGAAGAGAUGUUUUAUGCACAAAAAUGUCACCGUUUCCUGACUGACAUCAUCCUGGAUUCUAUCAGGCAAAAGGACCCCAAAGCCAUGACAGCCAAGGUGGUCUCUCUGGCCAACCAGCUAUGGACCCUGCACAUCAGCCCCAAGCAGUUUGUGGUGGAUUUGCUGGCCAUCACCGGCUUCAAGGAUGACCUGCACACCCAAGAACGCCUGUACAGCUGGGUGGAGCUCACGCUGCCUUUCGCCAGGAAAUAUGGCCGCUGCGUGGACCUGCUCAUCCAGAGGGGCCUGUCUAGGUCUGUCUCUUACUCUGUCCUGGGCAAGUACUUACAAGACAGCUAGGGUGACCAGAGAUGCUGCCCUCACAAUACCCCCAUCUGCCAAGGCUCAUUUAAAGAAUGCAUGUACCCAUAUGAAAGUGUAUCAGUCUAUUUUUAUUAUAAAUAAAGAGUAAUUUAUGA